GUCACUGUGAGUCCACGCUUUAUUAGUAAUGAGUUUCUCGAAACUUGAAUUUUUAUCAAUUUACCCCCAGGGACGUUGCUUUUUAAAACAUGCUAUAGCUCGAAACAAGUCGAUAAUGAGUGGGCCAGCUUACAGUCGACCGUGUGUUGACCUCGAAUUUGCUGAGCAGUUAGUAAGGAAGUUGUACAACUUUGAAAGGAUAAGCGAAAUUAAGGAGUUAGACAGCUUCAGCGACCGAAACUUUUACGUUCGAGGGCAUAAACGCAUCACAGGUCAAGAAGAAGUCGCGAGCAACUUUUACCCUAAUCAUCUCGAACACGGGGAAUACGUCUUAAAAAUUUUAAACUCUGAUGACAGCAAGCAUGGUGAUCUUGUUGAAGCUGAAAACGCAGCAAUGUAUUUUUUGAGGGAAAGAGGCUUCCCUUGCCCGCUGUUGUUUCCUUUGGCUGGAGGUGUAGAUACAAAAUCACUUGUUCGAAUUCCGGUGAGUUCGAAUGCUAAAUGUGCCGCGAACAAAAACACCCUUCAAACUGCCGAAUACGAAUGGUGUAUUGCUCGUCUGAUAUCCUUCCUUCCAGGCCAAACGGCAAGGAGCUUAGAGAGGAAAAUGAGCUUCGAAAAUCUCUUCAUGGUUGGCAAGUUUAUCGGGAAUUUGAGCAAGGCUUUUCAGGAUUUCAAAAGUCCUGUAUCACUCAUUAAGUCAGACAGAUGGUGUAUAGAAAACCUAGUUUCCCUCGAGUCUUGCGUUUCUUCCAUUGAAGGCGAAGAAAAUAAGAAGCUUGUCCGUGAUGUCCUGGACCGAUUUGCGACUAGCGUAACUCCGAGGAUUUCUCUUUUACGGCUCGGCACAAUUCACAAUGACCUAACUGUUACGAAUCUGCUUUUCGACACGAAUUUUGGUGAGCUUAGAAUUUCCGGACUGAUCGAUUUUGGUGACAUCCGCUGGUCAUGUUAUCUGUUUGAAUUGGCGACGGCUGUGGCCUCAUUCACCAAGGAAGACGACGUCUUUGUGUCUAGCGGUUACUUUAUAGCUGGUUACGAGGCUGUUUUUCCUCUCACUAGUCAAGAGUUUGAGCUGUUGUACGACGUCAUCUGCGCUCGAUUGUGUCAAGUUUUCCUUAUAACAUCAGAAAAAGAGAACGAAUGUCCAAACAACGAAUAUGUAAAGAAAUUAAAGAUGGAUUACCUGAUGAAAUUGAAAGCUUGGUCGUCAAACUCGAGGGAUGAAGUUAUGUCGGUUUGGCGGAAAAUUGGAAGACACAGACACAAACUGUACCAGGCUUACACAGAAUAAACCUAGGUUAUUGCAUGUCAAUACUCCUGACUAAUCAUUCCUGCACAUGUAGCUGACCAAUAAAGCAUUUCUAAGCAGUGCCUAAGAACGUACGCAUGCAAGUGCGUGCAAAUUAACCUGACCGCCGUUCCUAUCCCGAUUCUAAGGAUUUAUUCAGUGUCAAAAGAAAAAAACGAUACCAGACAAUCGAGAUAGAAAUGUUUAAUGUAUCAUUUGAAAUUUUCUACUAGUAUGCCGACACAACUACCAUGCAGCACUUUCAUUUGACGAAUGAAAGUAGACAAAGUAUGUAACCAAUCCUCUCUGUUAAGGAAGCUGUUCCUGUAAACAACUAUUUCUUUCAUCUACCGUAGUUUAACUAUAAUUCUGUCGCCUUAUUCGUGGCAAUUUUUAAUUUAUGUUGCAAAUCCUUUGUUAGUUUUCUCAGACCCAACGAAGGAUAUAGGAAAUCUAAGGAAGAAAGUCCCUUAUAAAGUGUGAAUGUCUCGUAUUUUCGUCGGAACGAAACCUGAAGAACAUAGUUGAAUUUAAUUCGCUGGUUAAGUGAUACACUUACUGAACAACUCAAAAGGCUGGGGAAGCUGUUACAGGAGAGUCUGAGCGAGACUACAGUGAUAUAUGUAGCUUACUGUACAAAAAUCUAAUGAAGAACACAGGAGAAUGCAAGUGAAACAGACCAGUGAUGAUGAAAUAAUUUUGCCUUUCAACGCUUUACUUAAUACCGUAUUACCGACUGAAGUUUCUAUUUGUAAAUUAUCGGUGGCGAACAUCUUGAUGGUUGCAAACUUCACAAAAACAUUGUGACCCAUAAGACAUCGCUCGCUUUCUUGAAUGCUGCACUUUUGCGUAGAGUGUGGGCACAUCUUCAUCACCAUAAUUAUGAUAAAAGUAUAUUUCCAAUU